GUUUGCAGUUUGAAUAGAACGUGAAAGCGCUGUAGUAGUGCUAGUGUGUCUGUGAAUGGAAGUGUGUGUGAGUUGAGAAAGUUAAAACUGCAGACAUCAGUGAAGUAGUUAAAAUGUUAAAAGGUUUAACUCUGGUAGUUUUUAUUCUUGGAACUUUUUACACAGUUAAUUUCUCAGUAUGGGUGGCCUUAGCUGUCAGUUUACCGGCCUGGAUCCUAGCUGCCGGUCAUGAAUGGAUCUACCUGGCGACACAAACUCUAGAUCGAGAUUUGUUGACAAUCUGGAGAUUUAUCGGUGUUCUUUAUAAAACAUUGUCAGCAAAGUACAAGAAUAUGAGUGUAACACAGAAAUUUCUGAUUACUGCUGCUAGACUUCCAGAUAAGAAAUUGCUGACUUUCUGUGGUGAGAAUGGAGACACACAUUUGACCUUUAGGGAAGCACAAGAGAAAUCCUGUCAGGUUGCAAGAUGCUUUCAACAAAGAGGAUACAAGAAGGGAGACGUGGUAGCUCUAGUUAUGGAGAACAGGAUAGAGUACUGCUGUUACUGGUUAGGGUUGUCUAUGCUAGGUGUUGUUCCCGCUCUCAUCAACUCAAACCUUAGGAAGGAGGGUUUACUUCACACAAUUACAAUUGUUAAAAGCAAAGCUGUGAUAUACUCCGCAGAAUUAGAGCAAGCGAUCUCUGAUAUAUCUGGUGAACUAUCUGAUGAUACUGAGCUGUUUUGUGUUGAUGAACGAGCUGAUGAUCGAGGUUUAGAUCUCCGUAGCCUACUCAAGGACCAACUCAAUACUCAGAUUGAUCUCAAACAUACAGGGUACAAUGAUGAUCUCUUUUAUAUCUACACGAGUGGAACAACAGGCCUACCUAAAGCUGCAAUUAUAAAAAGCUCAAGAUACAUGUUUACAGUAUACGCUUUGUUCUGCAUGGCAAAGGUGUACGAGGAUGACGUCAUAUACUCCCCUCUGCCUAUGUACCAUACAUCUGCUGGAGCUAUGGUGACAGGAAAUGCAAUUCUUGAAGGGGUUUCUACCAUUUCUAGAAAGAAGUUCUCUGCUCGCAACUUUUGGUCCGAUUGUUGUAGAAACAAUGCAACAAUUGCUCAGUAUAUUGGUGAAGUAGCAAGAUAUCUAUAUUCUACUCCAGAAUCACCAUUUGAUAAAAAGCACAAAAUUAGAAUGAUUGUUGGGAACGGAUUACGCCCUGAAAUCUGGGAUAAGUUUAAAGCAAGGUUUAAUAUACCUCUUAAAUAUACUCAUCUUUACUCAUCAAUACUCAUGCUAAUGAAUGCCAAUCAUAUUCUUCUUGCCAAUAUCGUAUGUACAGGAGAACUGGUUGGAAGGAUAGAUAAAGGACAUCCUGUCAGGGAUUUUCAUGGGUACGCAGAUAAGGCGGAGACUGGGAAAAAAAUUCUUCGAGACGUUUGGAAAAAAGGAGAUUCGUGCUUUAGGUCUGGAGACAUACUGGAGAUGGAUGAGCUAGGGUGGCUCUAUUUCAAGGACAGAUCAGGAGACACUUUCAGGUGGAAAGGAGAAAAUGUAUCUACAGCUGAGGUGGAGGGGAUAUGUAGCAGUGUAAUCGGAUUACAGGAGUGUGUAGUGUACGGUGUAGAGGUGCCCGGAUGUGAAGGAAGAGCAGGAAUGCUGGCAAUCCCGGAUCCAGAAAGGCUCGUUGAUUUAAAAACGCUGUAUGACGAACUUGAAGGUCGUCUUCCUAGCUAUGCUCGACCCCUCUUUAUCCGACUAGUUGAUAAAUUAGAUGUUACAGCAACCUUUAAGCUGAAGAAGCGUGAUCUACAGAGAGAAGGAUUAAACCCAGGAACUAUCAAGGAUCCUCUUUAUAUAUUCCAGGCUUCCACAAGAAAUUACGUGGAGCUAACUUCAGAAGUGUACAGAUCAUUAGAGCUUGGAGAACUAAAGAUGUAAACAUUGAUGAGAAAAGCACGGUGCACAAUGCGCAGUGCGCACUUUAUACAACGUGAGACCCAUACAACUGUGGAAUAAUUAAAAAACGCAUGACAUUCACCAAUUUUACAGUGCACACACUGACACAGUCCCAUGUCACUUAAUAAUGGACUUUUUCAAGCUACUGGCAAAACUAAUUGAUUAUGAAACAAAAGAUUACAAAAAAUGUCGUUUUCCUAUUUCAUAGUUUUUCGGUCUCGCUGUGCUCGCGGGUCGUGGACACACAUUAUUAUUAUUUUUGUACGUAACACACAUUAUUUAUUAAUUCAUUCUUACAGUGGUAUCCAAAAAAUUGGUGAUUGAUUAUAGUCGUCUUUCUUUCUUUUGUUUAAAAAAUGUUUAUAAAUACAAGUUACGAGUUCCUCAGCGUCAUGUUUUUAGUUAAUUUAUCGAACACACAACUAUAUUACUGUGUUUUGGUUACCACUGUAUGUAUAUCAUUGUAUAUGAUUAACUGUGAUUUUAAUCGUUAUAUUACAAUCCAUCCAUGCUCCUAUGGGACAACUUUGCAGUCAUUAAACUUACACUCGUAAAUUAGUUAACUGGUAAUUUUCUCUAAAAAUAUUAAAUUAGGUGGGAAUUAAUUUACGCCUAUACAGUGGAAUUAUGAAAUACAAUGUCAGUAUAUUGUUAAUGUUAAUGGGAAAAUACCUAAAAUUGUCGAUGAAAGGGACUGUUAACGUAAUUCCAAGGUAUAAUCUCCAUUUUAAGAGUUGCCUUGCAGGCCUUGUUUACAUAUCUAUCUUUAUACCUUCCGAGUUCUAUGAAUGAGAAAGAUCAUGUUUGUUUUAUUGGAUAGAUUUAGUCAGUUUUCUUCCUUGGCUUUGAUUAACAAAUCCUUAUAAUUACCUGUGAAGAUACUUGUAAGUAAAAAUGAUUAAUUUUGAGACAGAAACGGGGGAUUUUUCAAUCAUUACUGCUGAAGUAAAGCUUUAAAAAACACCGGUGUAAAUCGAACACGCCACCCUGCAAAUGCCUGCAGUGCUUUAUAAGGUAUUCUGAUUCGAAAGGCGAUAAAAAUUAAGUAAGUUUAAGUUAAGUCAGGUUUUGAAGCUAAGAAAAAAAAAUAAGCUUUUUGCCGGAAAAAGAUGUAACGAGUAUACGGUUGUAAAUCGAGCAUAUUUUUUUAAUUAAAUUGAAAUUUUGUUGAUUGUCCCUUUACUAUUGCCUUAUAUGACAAUUACCCAACCAGUGUGGGUAUAAAAGGGGUAAGUUAUAAUUUAAUAACUGCAUGUUAUACAAUACAGUUAAACGAUUGUUAUAAUCUAUAUUUCUCAUGUUUUAAAUAAAAUUAACAUUGUGGUUUA